AUGGUGGACGGUGGCGGGCAGUACCUGGGAGCUGGCGUCUCUCUGCCACGUGUGUCAGUUAAUCCAGGCCUGCGACAGGCCCCAGAGGUCUGCAUCCGCGUCCCUGGCCUCACGCGGGACCCGCUCUGCACUGGGUCCCCGCAAGCGGGCAGAGGCCCGCUCCCCGCCUCUCCCAGCCGCCAUCUUCCUUCCUUCAGAAAGCGGUUUCGGGGACUUUGGAGCGACCUGCGCAGAAGGGAGGGGCAACACGUGAAAGGAGAGCUGCUGGAGCGAGGAGUUCCAGAGUUUGGAGUUCAGCUGCUAUCGGAUAACUUUGCUGAUGUCCAGGUGUCUGUAGUUGAUUGCCCUAAUUUGACUAAGGAGACAUUUACCUUUCCCGUAAAAGGUAUCUGUGGGAAAACUAGAAUUGCAGAAGUAGGAGGUGCGCCUUACUUAUUGCCUCUUAUAAAUAAAAAAAAAGUUUAUGAUCUAAAUAAAAUCGCAAAAGAAAUCCAGCUUCCUGGAGCUUUUGUUCUUGGAGCAGGAGCAGGCCCAUUUCAGACUCUUGGAUUCAAUUCUGAGUUUAUGCCAGUUGUUCAAACAGAAAGUGAACACAAACCUCCUGUGAAUGGAAGUUACUUUGCUCCUGUUACCUCGGCAGAGGGAGGGUGCCUACUAGAGAAAUACAGUGAGAAAUAUCAUGAUUUGGGGUGUGCAUUACUGGCUAUUCUUUUUGCCAGUGAAGGCCAACCUGGAAAGGUCAUUGAGGUGAAAGCCAAAAGAAGAACUGGAAAACUUAAGUUUGUGACUUGUAUGAGACAGACUCUUGAAAAACAUUAUGGAGAUAAGCCUGUAGGAAUGGGAGGUACCUUCGUGAUUCAGAAGAGAAAAGUGAAGAUUCACAUUAUGCCAGCAGAAUUUUCUUCCUGCCCAUUGAACUCUGAUGAAGACUUGAAUAAAUGGUUACGUUUUUGAGAUGAAGCCUCCUUUGGUUUGCCAGUUUUUAUCUCCAGAGACCCAGGGUUUGAUUUGUGGUUGGAGCACACUCAUUGUUUCAGUCAUCAUGAAGAAGGUGGGCACUACCAUUAUGACACCACUCCAGACACAGUGGAAUAUCUUGGGUACUUCUUACCUGCAGAGUUUCUCUAUUGCAUUGAUCAACCAACAGAGACCCAUUCAUUUGGGCGAGAUUAA